AUGACGGUUGUGAGGACAGAGAUGUGGAUGUUGGUGACACACAUGACGGUUGUGAGGACAGAGAUGUGGAUGUUGGUGACACACAUGAUGGUUGUGAGGACAGAGAUGUGGAUGUUGGUGACACACAUGAUGGUUGUGAGGACAGAGAUGUGGAUGUUGGUGACACACAUGACGGUUGUGAGGACAGAGAUGUGGAUGUUGGUGACACACAUGACUGUUGAUUGUGAGGACAGAGAUGUGGAUGUUAGUGACACACAUGACUGUUGUGAGGACAGAGAUGUGGAUGUUGGUGACACACAUGACUGUUGUGAGGACAGAGAUGUGGAUGUUGGUGACACACAUGAUGGUUGUGAGGACAGAGAUGUGGAUGUUGGUGACACACAUGAUGGUUGUGAGGACAGAGAUGUGGAUGUUGGUGACACACAUGACGGUUGUGAGGACAGAGAUGUGGAUGUUGGUGACACACAUGACUGUUGUGAGGACAGAGAUGUGGAUGUUAGUGACACACAUGACGGUUGUGAGGACAGAGAUGUGGAUGUUAGUGACACACAUGACAGUUGUGAGGACAGAGAUGUGGAUGUUGGUGACACACAUGACUGUUGUGGGGACAGAGAUGUGGAUGUUGGUGACACACAUGAUGGUUGUGAGGACAGAGAUGUGGAUGUUAGUGACACACAUGAUGGUUGUGAGGACAGAGAUGUGGAUGUUGGUGACACACAUGACGGUUGUGAGGACAGAGAUGUGGAUGUUGGUGACACACAUGACGGUUGUGAGGACAGAGAUGUGGAUGUUAGUGACACACAUGACUGUUGUGAGGACAGAGAUGUGGAUGUUGGUGACACACAUGACUGUUGUGAGGACAGAGAUGUGGAUGUUGGUGACACACAUGACGGUUGUGAGGACAGAGAUGUGGAUGUUGGUGACACACAUGACGGUUGUGAGGACAGAGAUGUGGAUGUUGGUGACACACAUGACGGUUGUGAGGACAGAGAUGUGGAUGUUAGUGGCACACAUGACUGUUGUGAGGACAGAGAUGUGGAUGUUGGUGACACACAUGACUGUUGUGAGGACAGAGAUGUGGAUGUUGGUGACACACAUGACGGUUGUGAGGACAGAGAUGUGGAUGUUGGUGACACACAUGACGGUUGUGAGGACAGAGAUGUGGAUGUUGGUGACACACAUGACGGUUGUGAGGACAGAGAUGUGGAUGUUAGUGGCACACAUGACUGUUGUGAGGACAGAGAUGUGGAUGUUGGUGACACACAUGACGGUUGUGAGGACAGAGAUGUGGAUGUUGGUGACACACAUGACUGUUGUGAGGACAGAGAUGUGGAUGUUGGUGACACACAUGACUGUUGUGAGGACAGAGAUGUGGAUGUUGGUGACACACAUGACUGUUGA